UCUUACUGACAGUGGUCACGUUAUCCAAAUCAAACAUGAGGAGUACCUUUAGGGACAGGCUACUAUAUUAAUCAGGAAUUGUUACAGAAAUUCCAGGGCUUUGGGGGUGUAGAGCUACUAAAAAUUGUAAUGAGUCUAUGAUUACACUCCACUUUUAGAAUGGUCACUGUAACAUUUAAAAUAGCUAUUGGGGCCAUAAAGAGAUUGGAUUUGAAGGGUGGGCGGAAAGGAAACUAGUGCUUCUAGCGUGUCGAGAUCCGGCCGCUUCCGCAGGUCAGGGUUAUUCUCCCUCCGCCGUCUCGCACCUCAGGCGACGCGCACGCCUUCGCGGGGGCCCCGCUCGCGUUCCAGGGUGGAAGGUUGAGCGUUUGAGUGUCCAUGGCAACGCGACGCCUCCGCCUUCUGGGAGCCUCGGAUUCAGCUGCCGCAGUGUGAGUCCGGUUCAAGUGGGAGGGAUCUGGGCUGGGGCCGGUGGAGACGGAUUGGGGCACCAGAGGGUGGGGGCUGGGGAAGCUGCUGGGAACAUUACUUACGCAUUGAGCUAAAGUAAGAAAAAUCAGCCUAAAGCUCAGCACAAAAGGAUUUUUUUCAUUCCAGUCCUUUCGCCGACGCAGGGGAGGAUGCCUCUGGAGGUGGUAGUGGAACUGCAAAUCCGGGCGAUUUCUUGCCCAGGAGUGUUCCUUCCUGGCAAGCAAGAUGUGUACCUUGGAGUUUACCUUCUGAGUCAGUACCUGGAGACAAACUGCUUUCCCUCCGUGUUCCCUAUUAUGAUUCAGCAGAACAUGAGAUUUGAAAAGGUAUUUGAAAAUGCAAUAGAUCCUGGAGCUGUAGCAGACAUUUUGGAAAGCUUCUUAACCAGGUUUGAAUUAAUACAGCUAGUGCCUCCAGCGUGGGAAGAGUUGGCCUCCUAUGAAGAAAAUACACGGGAUUUUCUUUUCCCUGAGCCCAAGCUGACACCUUUGUACCCUGGGAUGUGUAGGGAGGUACUCAUGAAGACAGUUGCAGGUUUUCCAGGCAUUGCUCCCAAAAUAGAGUUUUCUACAAGGACAGCCAUCAGAGAGCGUGUGUUUCUGCAUAGAAGCAGAUUUCUAGAAGAAAGAUAUAAGUCACAAAGGCCUUUAUCAACAUCAUAUGGACCAAAAUUCCCUCUAAGUAAUGUAAAGUUGAAGCUAAAGGAGAGUAAACUCAACAGACUACCCCAAGGCAUGCAAUCCCAGGCAUGCUCUCCAUAUUCCACCAGGCGUUUCUUCCAGGACCAGCCAGCUGGGAUGAACCUUGGAAAUAAUUUCAAAAUCUCUGGAGAAAGCAAACCUCCGUUUGUAGUUAGACAUGUGGACAGCACAAAGCCUUUUGGUGAAGCUAUUUCAGAGCUUCAUUCCCAGAAAUCUAGGAGAAAAUCUAAGUUUUCAAAUUUUCCAUUUCCAAUGAGAAGAGCUUCUUCUCUUGACAGCCUUGCAACUAACAUAAAGGUUGUCAAAGAGCCAGAUGAACGGAUCGUUUUAAGGAAUGAAUCACCAUCAUCUUUAGAUUCAACUUCUACCGUAGUAGUUCUCAGUCCACAUGGAAGAAGAUCCACGAAAGGGUAUGCAGACUUUUGAUAUCCUACAGAGCCCAGCAACACUUAAACAAGGGGAAACUGAAUGGAAGCUGGAGGAACAUCGUGAAGAAUUCACUCAUCAGGUCACCAGCACAUCCUAAGAGGAGGCAGCAGACGUAUACUAAAAAGCAAUUUUUGUUUCGUGUAUCUAAUCACCAGUGUCUAACCCCCCUUUAAACCAAACCCUGCAUUAGUCCUUUGUACCCAGGUAAGAGUUGUUGAUUAAAGCGUUUGCUGUUUGGGGCUCAUA